AUGGGCAUGGCGGACGCGGGGGCGCUGCGGGAGCAGGCGAAGCAGCUGAUAGAGCGGCGCGACAAUCUCGAGGCUCAGAUCGACGCGCUCGCCGCGAGACUGAACGCGCCUGGAGGAGGCGGAACCAACGAGAGCCUGGUGGAUAAGGAGGGCUUUCCGCGUGCAGACAUCGACAUUCCUCGAGUCCGCAGCGAUCGACACCGCCUUGCAACGCUCCACGCGGACCACAAGCAGCUGACGGGGCAGAUUGAGUCGCUGUUGGUGGAGAUCCACUCGCAGGCCAAACCCAGGGAGCAAAAACCAGCAAAGACAGAAGGAGCGAAUUCCACACUUCCAUCAGCAAUUGCUACUGCACCUGCAGCUUCUCCUGCUGCCACUUCUACUUCAGCUGCUGCUCCCAAUGCUGAUGUUACUGCAGCAGCACUCCCUUCCUCCACGCCCUUCGCAGUGGUGGACGAGGUGACACCUGGCAGUCCAGCAGAGGUAGAUGGCGUGAGGCUGGGAGACAGGCUGCUCCGAUUUGGCUCCGUCGCCGCUGCGGCUGCUGGUGGCGGUGCUGCUGCUGCUGACGGUGCUCCUGCUGGUGAAGUAACAGAGGGAAGGGAAGGGGGAGGGGGAAGCAGGGUGGCUGGAGGAGGGGCAGAGCUGCUGAAGCAGGUGGCUGCAGAGCUGCAGGGGAGUGAAGGGAGAGGGGUGAGCAUGACAGUGCUGAGGGCCGGGAAUGUUGUCGAGCUGUUGGUGACUCCACGGCGAUGGGGCGGACGAGGAUUACUCGGCUAUGUGGUGCGUCGGAUCUGCAAGGAGGAGGGAGCGCGGCUGUUCCAAGGCGUGGAGAAGGACUCGCUGGCGUUCAAGCUUAUGAAGAACAUGGUACUGAGGGAUGUGGUACGGUUCAAGCUCGUGAAGGACGUGGUGCUUGUGGAGUUCGAAGCUCGUAAGGGCACAUUGUUCCGUGUCUUCACAAAUGGCUCAUCGCUCGCCGUUGAUUUCGUCGCUGUGCUUCGAUCGCAGGGCUGGGAGGAGGGCAAGGGGUUGGGGAAGAACGGGCAAGGCAUCGCGACUCACGUGCGCGUGACGAAGAAGUUCGACACGGCAGGCGUGGGGAUCGCGGAGGCGAAGAAGGAGACGUGCAAUUGGUCCGUCAACACCGCCGUCUUCGACGACCUUCUCAAGCGCCUCAACGUGGCAGUCAACGACGGCAAGAGUCUUCAGCAGCAAGCAUCUGACUCUUCCUCCUCCGACUCCUCUGAUGACGAGUCCGAUGAGAGCAGAAGCUCAGGGGAUGGGGAGGGGGGGUUGAAGAUGAAAAAGAUGAAGAAGAUGAAGAGCAAGAAAGAGAAGAAAGAGAAGAAGGAGAAAAAGGAGAAGCGGAAGCAGGCGGAUGAGGAGACCGAGUUGCCGAAGCGGCAGAAGCUUGUGCGACCGCAGGGCCGGUAUCAUCGCAGGGAGGCAGGCAAGUGCGUCAAGUCCUACUCCACCAACGACCUCUCCGCCAUUCUGGGUGCCGUCCCCACGUCGUCCUCCCCUGCGCCUCUCACUCCCCGCCUCGACCCCACCACCACUGCAACUCCCUCCUCUCUGCCCUUAAACCCUCCCACCUCUCCACCUGCUGCCAACGCGUCCUCUCCCUCAGUGGCAACAGCAGCAGGAGCUGAAUCAUCUACACCAGCAGCUGAAUCAUCUGCACCAGCAGCACGGCGGGCUCAGAAGCGGGUGGUAAAAUCCGCUUCAGAUACCGCUCUCUGUCGCAGCACCAGCAGCGCUGCAGGGUCGAAAAAGAAAGCUGCCGGAGCGGCUGGUUCGGGUGGACUGGCAGGUUCGGCCGAGCCUAAGAAGGGCGGGUUGUUGGAGUUGGAGUGCCAGAAGCAGUUCGUCUUUCCGCCGCUGCCUGCGGAUUGGUGGGGCACGAGGUUUGGGUUUGUGCGCGGGUCAGGCUCGGGAGCCGGGCGACUGACAAACGAGGGAGGGGAGGAGGAUGGGGAGAAGAAGGCGGGUUUCAGCGAGCAGGACCAGGAGAAUCUCUACAACCUCGUGCAUGAUCAUGCGACGAGCGGCAAGCAGGGGUUGGGAAUUGGCGACCUGCCGCGGAAGGUGGCGGGGGCUCGAUGGAAGGGCACCAAACAGACGUUCGAAGACUUAGAAGAGGUCAGCGAGGGGGAGGAGAAUGAGGAGGAUGGGAAUGAGAGCGAGGAGGAGGAGGUGGAAGAGGCAAGGGGGGAAGAGGAGAACAGGGAUGGUGCAGCAGCUGGUGCAGAAGGGGCGGUGUUGACAGAAACUGUUGCUGCUGCUGUGGAUGAGGGUCGGGGUGAUGGUGCUGGGUCAGCGGAGCAGGAAGGGGGAGAAGGGGGAGAGAAGGAAGGGAGGAGCAAGAAGCGGAAGAGAGAGGAGCGGUCGAGGAAAGACAAGGGCGGGAAGGCCGCUGCGGCGGGUGAAGUGGUACCGGGGGUUGCAGAGAGGCGGAGGGCGGUGAUCGGAAAGAGAUGGCAGCACAAAGAAAGGGAUGUGAAGGAGGAGGCGAACGAGGAGGGGAUUAGAGCAGAGAAGGGAAAGGAAGGAGAGGCAGGUGGCAGCAGGAAGAGGCUGAAGAAAAGCAGCAGCUCUGGUGUGGACCUGUCUGCCAGUGAUGUGGCUGAUGGCUCGAAGGGCGGUGUUGCGUUGAAGACUCGAGUGAAGCGUGCUGUCAAGCAAGCUCUGCAAAAGCAGGAGGGAGAGGCAGGAGUGGCGUUGGCGUCUCUCCGGGACACGGUGGGGCAGCAGCUGGAGUUGAACAAGGCGGAGAGGAAGCAGCUUGUUAAGAUCAUGGACACCAAGUUGCCUGGAUGGACAUUUCUCAGUGUGACUGCUGGCAUGGUGCAGCUACGAGCUUGA